AUUCAUUGAGAGAAAUAUUAUCAAAUAAUCAAAAAUGUUUAACAAUAUUUAUCUAUCAUUACUUAAAUCUAUGAGAAUGUACCGAUGGUAGAAUUUCGUUAGUGGACUAUUUUUCAAUAAACUGGUAGCCCCAAAUGCAAAUGUCAUGUCUACUGAUGCCGAGUGCAAAGAGUAAAGUAAAUAUAUAGAGAGCCGAGUGAUGCCUGACUGCUGACGCUCGCGCCGCUUGCAUGUGAAACUUUGUGUUCGUGUUGUUUUUUUUUCAUGUUUCGUUGAGUUGAGUUAAAGUUCCUCCGACUAAUCCAUCAUAGUGACUAGAAAAGAAUUUUGUGUGAUUUUUCCAAAACAGGACUCUUUAGUGCAUCUGUUUUAAUGCACAAUGUCUUCGGACAAGCAUUGCUGUGUCCCAGGGUGCAAGGAGAGUAGAGGUAUGCGUCAAGUGCUUCAUAGGUUCCCGAACCCUGAAAGCGAUAGAGAACGCUUCAAUACAUGGCUCUAUGCAAUUGGUAGUGGUAUAAUGGGCUUGGAAAACGAUCAUAUAUUUAAGUACCGCCGUGUGUGUCGCACACACUUCGAAGAUAAAUAUCUAUGCCGUAACAACAAAAUCAGCAUCAUUGCUGUGCCAACAUUGAAUAUGCCAGCAUCAUUGUCUCUGAAGAGAUUAACUUCUGUUGAAAGGAAGCCUUUACAACAAAUUCUGGAGCUGCCAUCAUCAUCAUCAUCAUCAUCACGCCAAACCAACUGUGCACGCAGUGUGUGCGUACCAGCAAGCGAGGGAAACAGGGCUCGGCCCGACGUUUCCUUGACACCUCGGGAGGGAGGUAAGCGCGGCGACGUGUUGAGGUCCAACGACUUAUGCGUGGCUGUGCGAUUUGACCCCUACCUCGGAAUCACUGAGGAGCAGUCACAGCUCAUCCAGAAGAAGAUUAUGGAAGAAUACGACGCCACUGUCUUCUUAGACGAUCCAAAUGUGCGGACACCGGCAUUCAGAGGCAAGACCUCUCUCAGCGACGGCGUCAUAAAGAUGUGGUGCGAGGAUGAGUUCGCCCUGGACUGGCUGCGCCGCACGAUCAAGAAGAUCGACUCGCCGCUGCCAGGUACUAAACUGGUUGUAUGUCGGCAGAAGGAGACCCCACAACGUAUCAAGGGGACAGUCUACAUUCCCGACUUCACCGACGGCGACGUAGACCGUCUCCGCAUCCGUCUGCACAAAACGAACGCGGACACCUAUAAUAUCAAUAGCUGGUGCCUGUAUAGUGCACAGCGUACGCCCGGAAGCGAUGGGGUUAGACUAUUGCUAGGUAUACCCAUACAAGAAGCCGAGGCCCUAAAGCAGAAGGAGCGGCGCCUGCGUUACAAGCUGGGGUCUGUGUACGUGAUGUUCGCGGACGACAUCGAAACGGAGGACAACAGCUGCGGAAUGGCUACUAUCAAUGCUCCCAACGAUGAGCCUCAACCUGCGAUAUCCUGGUCCAUGUAUGGAUCAGGAGACGUCAGCAGACCCCCUGCCCCGGGAAUCCACCCUGGAGGCCGUUGACUGGUGGAGGCGCGGGGAAACCGAGGCUGCUGGGUAGCGAUGGAUCCGAAAGUUCCAUGAACGCCAUCUAAGCUGCAUUCACGCCAUCCUGGCAAACCUCCAGGACAGCCGGACUGUAUCGGCCAUGUUGUGCAGGCAGCUGGAGGGAUCCACCGAGACCAUAGCCGUAAUCCAAAAGCCGUGGAUUAGGAAGAGCAGGAUUUGUGGUCCCAUAAACACAGGGCACAAACUUAUUGUGAAUACCACCGUAAGUAACCCAUAGGCCAUAACGUACUUGCUUACUUGUACCAAAAUAUUAUAAUGCGAUUAUCAUGACUGAGUUCUGCUCCAGGGAUCUCACGGCCGUGAAGCUCCUGGGGAAGACCCUGAAAAACCCUACCGAGUGUCGUAAUAGCGUCUGCCUACCUGCCCGGUCACACCGACGGCUGCGCUGGUUGCACUAAUCACCCGGUCUGGAACUAAUCAUCUCAGCGGACUUCAACGCGCACCACAUCAUCUGGUCCAUGGAUAAGCCGAAUGCGGACGAAUAGGUGAGGAACUCAUGAACUAUCUUUUUCUACUAACCUGGAGCAGGUAACACAUCUCUUGAACAACCGCUUUGAGAAAGCCUGCCCAUUAACACUACCUCGGGUCUAACCCUAAGGUGCAAACCAAUGGUGGGGACCACAGCUAGACAAACUCCGUCAGAGGAUAAGACAACUGUAUAAAGCUGUUGGUUUUCCUUCUACUACAUAAAUAAAUAAAUUUAUUUCGUUUUCAUAAACAUUUCUUAACU